AUGAUUGGCCUCACCAUUCUAGUCUCCUUCUGUCUUCAGUACACCUACAGCCAUACCGUGGUUCGUCACUUCACACGGGCUGAGGAAUUAGAUGAUAAACUGUCCAAGGUUGGAGGUGAUAGGUUUCUGGAAGAAGAAGGUAAAGCGUUGUUGAAGUUCGACGGUAAGGGCCAGAUCGUCUCCCUCACAGGUUCCAACCCCAUGCAUGCUGACGCCAUGACACAUAUAGCCAAAUCAGGGACAGUAUUCUUCCUUGACUGCUCAAAUAAGGAAAUCAUCAACAGGUUAAACAUGAUGAAGGUCAACAGAAUCGUAGGUCAAGGUGACGGUGCUAGUAUGGAGGAAAUACUCAAAUACCGACGUCAAUUCUAUGAAAAACAUUAUGACGUCAGGGUUGUUUGCGAGGAAGGAGAGACCCCAGAAAGCAUUGCUAACAAAAUAAAAAACAAGUAUAAUAGUUUUGUCUACGACAAAGGCUACGUGUCGACCAGAGGCUCCACCACCAAACCCCGUGUUCCGUUUUUCCACACGGUUCUCAAAGGGCUAGCGGAAGAUGGCGGCCUCUACACAAUGGCGGGAGACUUGCCAAGAUUUACAAAUGGCCAGCUUGACAGAUUGGUGCAUUGCGACUACAGAGAGAGGGCGCUAGGUAUCCUUGAACAACUCAUUCAUCCUUUUGAUCUCUCGCCAAGGUUACUACAGAAUUUCGUAAAUGAUGCUUACCAUUGCGAAUCCUUUGCUUCCGAGGAUAUUUUCCCAGUGCGCCACCUAACGGGGAAUCAGUACAUUCUGGAACUGUUUCAUGGGCCUACGGGAUCUUUUAAAGAUGGCGCUCUACAGCUCAUGCCGAUGUUCUUCACAGCAGCCAUGGAGAGUGAAAGACGUUUCGGUGAACGCAACACUUACCUGAUCGUGGUGGCAACCUCGGGGGACACAGGGGGUGCGGUGUUGGACGGAUUCAGUAGACAUGCUGGUGGGUCUGGAGUGGGCGUGGUUGUCAUCUACCCUUCCCGUGGAAUCAGCCAACUUCAGCAACACCAGAUGACCACCAUGGCUGGAGACAACCUCAGAGUGAUAGGUGUUGACAGUGAUUUCGACUUCUGCCAGACAACAGUUAAACAGAUCUUUCAGGAUGAAGAAUUUGCAGAUGUGCUGCAACGUGACCAUUCUUGCAAACUGAGUGCCGCCAACAGUUUGAACUGGGGUCGCCUGCUUCCUCAAAUCGUAUAUCACAUCUCCGGUUACCUCGACCUUGUCAAAAUGAGAGUAAUCUCCCUUGGUGAUCAAAUCGAUGUCUGUAUCCCAACGGGGAACUUUGGGAAUAUUCUCGCAGCCUAUUACGCCAAGGAAAUGGGAGUUCCAGUUCGACGCCUCAUCUGCGCCUCCAACAGCAACAACGUCCUCACCGACUUCCUAAACACAGGCAACUACGACCUGACAUCACGAACACUUCUCCGCACAGCAUCCCCAGCUAUCGACAUUCUGAAGUCGUCUAACCUUGAGCGCCUGCUGUACCACGCACACGACAACGAUGGCGCUGCUGUGAGCCAGCUCUAUGCAGAUCUUGACAGGCAGGGGAGGUUUUCAGUGUCAGACGAGGUUCUUAGACGUAUUCAGAGUUCGUUCGUUGCAGGUUCCUGUGAUGAACAGGCUUGCCAACAAACGGUACUAAAAACAUACAAAGACACAGGGUAUCUUCUCGACCCCCACACGGCAGUGGCCAAGUCGGUGGCAGAUAGACUCGGGGACAGAUCUUGUCCCGUGCUCAUCUCGGGAACAGCCCACUAUGCCAAGUUCGCUGACAGCGUUCUCCCUUUCAUAGGACAGAUGACGUCAUCAGAGGAUGCAUCAGUGUCGGGACUUAUUCGGAAGUCACUUGAGUUGAAACCAAGGCCUGCCAUGCAUCGGGACUUGGAAGACAUGACAACAAAACCUGUUGUCCACAGGGAAACGUCUUCAGCUGAUUAUGAAAGUGUCAAAAGGCACAUCAGGAAUUUUAUAGAACAUUUAAAGAGCUAAGCCAUAUUAGCCAUAUUAGGAGCAUUACCUUCUGUUUGAGGGGGUGGUGUUAAGCAUUGUACCAGCUUGGCGGGGAUCGAUGGGGUAGCCUAGUGGUUAAAGCGUUCGCUUGUCACGCAGAAGACCCGGGUUCGAUUCCCCAUAUGGGUACAAUAUGUGAAGCCCAUUUAUUGUGUC